UUAAAAAGGAAGAGUUAUUAUUAGAGUUUAAGAUUACAAGUGAUAAAAUAAUCCUAUCAAAAUGGAAGCAUUGAUGAAGGUUGUGGUGGUAGUGGUGAGUUUGGCUUUGGCACUUUCCUAUGCUCAUGCAGAAACAGGCACAGCAACUUAUUAUACGCCUCCUUAUGUUCCAUCUGCAUGCUAUGGGUUUGAAGAUCAAGGAACAAUGAUAGCAGCAGCAAGUGAUGGAUUAUACAACAAUGGAGAGGCUUGUGGGAGAAUGUAUACAGUGACAUGCACUGGCCCAACAAACUUGGGAGUUCAACAGCCAUGCACAGGCAAUUCUGUCACUGUUAAAGUGGUUGAUCGUUGCCCUUCUCCUGGUUGCCAAGGCACCAUUGAUCUCUCUCAAGAAGCUUUCUCCAUGAUUGCCAACCCUGAUGCUGGAAAAGUUAACAUUGACUUUACUCAGUAAGCUGCUCUCGCUCUCCAUUAUUGUCUUAACUCUCCGAUCAUUCCCCUAUUUGU